CUCGAUUCCAUCUGGGUGCGACCAUGGCCCCCUCUCACCCUGCCGUAUUCACUACACAGACACCUUAUCCACUUCCACCACAAAAGUUUAUGAUUCCUUCAACAUGGUCUCGCUACCAGUUGUCUCAACUCAUCAACAAGGCUCUCGCGUUAGCGCAACCGAUUCCCUUCGACUUUCUACUGCACGGUGAUAUCUUGAAAACGAGGUUAAGUGACUGGUGCUCUCAGAAUGGAGUCGGAGAGGAAGAAACACUGGAGAUCGAGUAUAUAGAAUCUGUUUUACCACCGCAGAAAAUAUCUGACCUGCCCCAUGAUGAUUGGGUGUCUUCCGUCUCUUGUCGAUUUGAGCAGCUGUUUGUAACCGCGUCCUACGAUGGCAGUCUGCGCGCAUUCGACUAUUCUCAGACGCAAACAUGGAGCAGCCCAGUUCAUGCUGCACCAAUCACAGCCUUCUGCGCUGUUUCCUCGACCUCCUCCGGAAGUCACAUAAUUGCUACUGCUUCGCAUGACCUCACUGCUCAACUAAACGAAGUUUCUUUCGGCACACCAGAGAACACCAAACGCUUAGCAUCCUUACAUCUCCACACGGCACCUCUUUCAGCGAUCACUUGUAAUCUAUCUGGAACACAGCUGCUGACAGCGUCUUGGGACAGCCUCGUCGGUCUAUGGGAUACUCGAAUUCCAGACGAGGACGAGGUUCCCGAAGCUGCUACUGGCGAUCGCAAGAAAAGGAGAAAGGUGCAAGAGGAGAGGCCCAAGCGCAAGGCCCCGCUGAUGGUGCUGAAAUCACAUACUGCCCGGGUCUCUGCCGUUAUUUUCGCGUCAGAAGGCGAAGGCGCCAUCAGUUGCGGAUUGGAUUCGACUGUGCGAUCUUGGGAUCUCGAGCACGGAGUCUCAACGAAUACACUGACUUUGUCGGAACGCCCAUUUGUGUCCAUGUGCUCUGGGCCUGCGUUUUCCCCCAGAACUGUGCUCGCGGCGUCGACCGAUCGAACGAUAACCCAGUACGAUUGUCGAGAGACGCAAUCCAUCGCGUCUCUGACUCUGACGCAUCCGACCACUCCUUCAUGCGUCGUGUCGGCACCCAGCCAUCCGCACCAAGUCCUAAGCGGAGCUUACGACGGCGUUGCGCGCAUAUGGGAUCUCCGCAGUGUCAAGGGGGCAACACCAGUUGCAAGUUUCAAGGCUUGGGAGGACAAGAAGAUCUUAGAUGUCAGUUGGAAAACGGGCGGCAUCGUGGCGAUUGGAGGAGGAGGCGGUUUGUCGAUAUGGAAGGUGGGAGAAGAACAGCUGUGA